AUGGGUCUGUGCAAGUGCCCGAAGAAGAAGGUCACAAAUCUGUUCUGUUUCGAGCAUCGUUGUGUGGUGCAGAGCUACCUGUCCUGGCUGGCCGACAGCGACUACGACACCAGCUGUGCACUGUGCGCAGCGCCGUUCGAGUGCAAGGAGACUGUUCGCCUGAAAUAUCUGUUUCACUGGGAGUGUCUGGAUGCGUGGGCGCGUCGACUGCCGGCCAAUACUGCGCCAGCGGGAUACAAGUGCCAGCAGUGCCAGGACUGCAUAUUUCCAGCGCCGAAUCAAACAUCACCGACCAUUGAGCGUCUACGGUCAAUGCUGCAGCAAGCAAACUGGGCUCGUGCCGGCCUCGGCCUUUCUCUGUUGCCGGAGCCGCUGGAUCACUUGCAUUCUCCGACCUCGUUUACCUCGUCCACAACGACAGCACCGUUCAGCGAGCAACAGACCUGUAUGAGUGCUGAGGCGGUUUUGCAUAAGGCCAAUUUCAGUGCUAAUACAGCAACUGUAGUAGACGUUGAAAACGAUUACAUCAAGCGUGAGCAACAAAAUCAGUUUACUUCUCGAAAGUUAACAGCAGUGGGCGAUGUUGGGUACGUGAGUGCCAACUCCAUGCUGCUUUCUCGGGACCGCGAUGAGGACCUUCCGGAGAACAAAUAUAAACGAAGAUCGGCGAGUGAAUGGUUCAGUCGCUGGUUUAGGUCGCGCUAUGGCAGACGUUCCGCGUUUGAUGUUCGCGCCCGAUGGAAAAAUGGCAUUUUUUACGUAAUACUCUGUGUUGUGCUUGUGAUGACAGUAUUCACAGUGUUAUCACGAGUACUGACCAGACCAUCGGAGGACGAUCCAAGUUUGGACCUUCUCGCAAAUCCGGACAUUCGCAUUGCUCUUCCAGAGCACAGCCAAUAA